UGACUGCGAUGUUCUUCCUGUACAGUAGAUGGCGCAAUGCAGCAUGCGCUAUGCAGCCCCUUUCCAGUCGUGAAUCUAGUGUGAAAGAAGAAGAACUAAAGCGCCUGUGGAGCCACCGAGUGCAACAAGCUGCAAAACAUUACCGGUGUGAGAGUGGACCGAGAUGAUGACAAGUCCCAAACUGGAACCAUUACCGAGGAGUGUCAGGCACAACACAGCCCACCAUCAUCAGUUCCUUCUGAGGAAGUCUCUGAGGCUUCUGAACAAGACGACGACCCAGACCCAGAGCAACCUGAGCCUGAAGAUGUGUCCAGCACUGCCUUUGCACCUUCAAAAGGGCCCAGUGAUAUUUCAACAUCGAGAGAAGAGGUACCAGUUCAGCCACAUUUGAGUAAAUACCCCAAGACUCUCCAUGGCACCAGCAAGAGGGCCUUCAAUAGCAAGUGGUACACGAACAAUUCAUGGCUUGAGUAUUCAGUGUCAAAAAACUCUUGCUACUGCUUUGCUUGCAGGCAUUUUUCGUUGCCCAAUGCGCCUGACUCUGCCUUCACAUCUGAUGUAGGCUUUUCAAAUUGGAAAAAGGCACUGUCAAAAGAGGCAGGAUUUAAACUCCAUUCUAGAUCUGAGCUUCAUAUUAACGCAAUGUAUGCAUGGUCUGAGUUCAAAAAGAGGAAAGAAGUAGAUCAGACUUUGUUAAAUGCACUAAAUGAAAAGCACAAAAAAAAGGUGCAAGAAAACAGGCAGUACAUCAAAACAAUUGCAGAAGUACUCCUUUUGACUGCCACCCAAAACAUACCCCAAAGGGGUCAUGAAGAGUCUCAAGAAUCAAAAAACAAGGGUAACUUCUUGACAAUACUUGACACAAUCGCGAAACAUGACAGCUUCAUACAGCAAAGAUUAGAGGCAUCUGGUAAUGCAAAGUACACCAGUCACAACAUCCAAAAUGAAAUGCUUCAGACAUUAGCUGAUAUGGUUCAAAAACAAAUAAUUGCAGAAGUGAAAGAAAGUGAAGUCUUUAGUGUUAUGGCUGACGAAACAAAAGAUUUGAAAAAAAGGAACAAAUGUCGUUGGUAGUGCGCUACUACUACAAUGGUGCCAUACAUGAAAGCUUCCUAUGCUUCCAACCAGCUGAGACCCUUAAUGCAGAAGGCCUCAGUCAAAUGAUUGUCCGUUGUUUAGAGAGACAUGGUCUAGACUACAGGAACAACUUGGUGGGACAAGGUUAUGACGGAGCCUCUGUCAUGAGUGGCAAGCAUUCUGGGGUUGCAGCAAAAAUACAGAGCAAUGCCAGAUUUGCGUUUUACGUGCAUUGCAAUGCUCAUUGCUUAAAUUUAGUUCUUGUUGAUGCUACAAAAUCAGUGCCUGAGGUUGUGGACUUUUUUGCACUUCUGCAGCAGCUAUAUAACUUUAUAUCUGGCUCUUAUGUGCACCUGAGGUGGCUUGAUGUUCAACAGAAACUAUAUCCAUCACAGCAGCCCAGGGAACUACAGUCACUUUCAGACACCAGGUGGGCCUGCAGAUAUGCAGCAUGCCGUAAUCUUAGGGACAGACUUCCUGCAGUGCUGAAACUAUUGCAAGAUCUCUCACUUGAAAAACAUGGUGAAAGAUCAGUGCUAGCAAGGGGGCUUCUUUCACAAAUUGACUUGCAGUUCUUGGGGCUUUUGGUCACUUUCUGUGAAGUACUUGGGGAUGCCAAGUGUCUGUCAGACAUGCUCCAGUCCAGCACUCUCAACUUAGCAAGGGCUGUGGAUUUAGUACAGUCCCUUAAAAGCACUUUCCACAAUUACAGAUCUGAUGAUUAUUUUAGCAAACUGUGGAAAGAGGUUGAGGAGCUUGCACAACAGUGUGAAAUUGGUGUACAAGCAGACAAGAAAAGGCAACGAAAAAUAAGCUCAAAAUUCCUGGACUCACUGAUGAUGAGCUCAGUAGGGCAGAGAAAUUGGAAUGAAGAGGAUUUCCCCAGAGCAUUAUUUUACCAAGUCAUUGAUUGUCUAAUUAGUGAGCUGGAUAGGCGUUUUUCUGGCAAAAAUUGUGAGAUCAUGCAUGGUGUCCAGUCUCUCAAUCCAAAUAGUGCAACCUUUCUAAAUAAUGAGCCUUUGUUUGCCUAUGCCCAAACCUUUGAGUCUGAUGUAUGUGACCUUAGACAUGAAGUUCACCAAACAAAGCGGCUACUGGAAAGGAGAAUGAAAAGGGGGUUAGACAAACCAGCUUCUCUGCUUGAAUUUCUUGUCUUUCUUGAGCCCUACAAAGAAGUUUUUCACGAGCUAUUCAGGCUCUGCAAAAUUGCCAUUGUUAUACCUGUUAGCACUGCUUCCUGUGAGAGAAGCUUCUCUGCCUUAAAGCUAAUAAAAACACAUCUCAGGACAACAAUGAUGGAUGACCGGUUGAAUCAUCUAGCCAUUCUAAGUGUUGAGUCCAGGAGGGCACGUGCCCUUGACAUGGAUGAUUUUGUCAAUAAUUUUGCCACUUCUCAUCAAAAUAGAAGAAUUAUGCUUCUUUGAAGUUAUCACCAUGCUCUGCACUCAAAUCAAGUCAAGUGAACGUAAUUGUUAAAAAUCUAUGUCACACAGUCAUCACAGAAGUUUGCACACACAUACACAUUAAACACUUGAUAGCACACACACACACACACACACACCUUGUGCUGAAGAAGAAGACUAACACUUAUGGACAGUAGC